AUGAUUGAGGAUGGAGCAGCGUACUUCGAAAAGAAGAGCCCACUCGGUGUUAGCGAAGAUCUUGCAGAAGUGACCCGCAAGAUCCAUAGUCUGUGGCAUGCCGAGUUACUCAGUAACAGGAAAGAGCCAGGUUGGGGACACCGCUUUGAUGCUGAAUCUAAUCGUCUCUUUGGUGAAGCUGCUGUGCUACUUGAGAAGAAUGGGAAGGCGGAUGAUGUGUACAAAUCCGCGAUUGCGUAUGGGCGUUUGAGUAAUGGCUUGCCCUAUGUUCCUUAUCAUACCAUUGAUGCUAUCAUCCUUGCUAAUGUUACAAGUCCAAAUUGCGCCGAUUUAAUGGAACCGCAGGAAUCAUCGCGACCAGACAGAUCGUCUGAAUCAGCCAUUGAAACAUGGGAAGCAGAUCAGGAAAUUGAGCAGCCAGAGCUACCUCCAGCGGACCGUGGAAGGGGUGCUUGGUUGGCUCUUUUGGGUUGUGUACUGGCUCAAGUACCUAUCUGGGGUUUCUCUCUUGCUUAGGGAGCCUUU